AUGUUUUCUGAGAGAGUGAGCCGGACACAACACAAAGCGCAGCUGAGGGAGGGUGUGGAAGCAGGAGGCCGCAUUCAAGUGAGACUGGGAGAACACAACAUCAUUGCAGUUGAGGGCUAUGAGCAGUUUGUCAAUGCUGCCAAGAUCAUCAGGCACCCCAAUGUUAAUUUGAGGACCCUAAACAAUGACAUCAUGCUGAUCAAGCUCUCUUCCCUUGUGACCCUCAAUGUCAGAGUGUCCACUGUGGCUCUGUCCACCUCCUGUGCACCUGCUGGCACACAGUGUCACAUCUCUGGCUGGGGCAACACUCUCAGCUGUGGUGUCAAUAACCCAGACUUGCUCCAGUUCCUGGAUGACCCACUGCUGCCUCAGGCUGACUGUGAAGCCUCCUAUCCUAGAAAGAUCACUGAUAACAUGGUCUGUGCUGGCUUCCUAGAGGGAGGCAAGGACUCCUGCCAGGGUGAUUCUGGUGGCCCUGUGGUCUGCAAUGGGGAUCUCCAGGGUAUUGUCUCCUGGGGCUAUGGUUGUGCCCUGCCAGAUAAUACUAGUGUGUACACCAAUAUCUGCAACUAUGUGGACUAG